AUGCUGAAAGGAAAUAGUAAAAAUAACGCAGCGAGAAUCUGCAAGGUCGAAUUGCAGGAAUCAAAAAAACUGCUGGAAUCCGAGAAGUUAUGGGAUUCAAAAGUGUAUAUCCAAUUUAACGAUCUUUGUUACUCGGUUCGCAACCGCAAAGGAACUGCGAAAACACUCUUACAUAAUGUAACGGGGCAUUUUGAACCGGGGAAGAUCACAGUGAUAAUUGGUCCUUCUGGUGCAGGAAAAACUACACUAAUGAAAAUCGUAUCGGGGAAACGAUCAAUGGAUAUUAAAGGUACUCUCACUGUGAACAACGAUGAAUGGAAUAAAGGAAUGUUCCGUAAACACGUGUGCUACGUACCGCAGCAAUUUGAUUUAUUGCCAUACCUUACAACGAGAGAAACACUCUGCAUAGCGGCUCGACUAAGACUCGAUGUUAAUCAGAGUAAACAAGAGAUUAAUUUAGUUGUGGACGAUAUUGCGGAGAAAUUCAACUUGUCCAAUUGCUUAGACACAAUGGCAAACAAAUUAAGUGGUGGCGAACAAAAGAGAUUGUCUAUUGGUGUACAAAUGAUCGCCAAGUCAUCAGUUUUUUUAUUAGAUGAGCCAACAAGCGGUCUUGACAGUACCGCAUCUUAUCAGCUACUUAGCAUGUUGCACAAUAUGGCAAAAGCAAACUGCACUAUAGUUUGCACGAUACAUCAACCCAGCAAUCGUAUGAUUUCGCUUUUCGAUGACAUCAUGGUACUUAAUCGAGGCAGAUGUUUGUACUACGGCCCAAAAAGCGAGAUCUUAAGCACAUUCAACAUUGCCGGAUUCACGUGUCCCAGUUUCUACAAUAUAGCCGAAUUUGUUCUCGAAGUGGUAACCGAACAGAAAGAUGAAGAUUUAGAAAAUUUAUACAAGAUAUGGCGUGAUGAGUACGAAAAAUUCAAAUCGCACAGCGAAUAUAAAAAUAAACUGAAUUCAAUUGAUAACAAACAGAAUUUUGAAAUAGAAAAUAGAGUUACAACCAUAAAAAGCUUACUACAAGAAAAAUCUACAUGGCAACAGCAAAAGAUUUUAUUUUCGCGAGCUUUAAUCUGUAUCAUGCGAGAUAAUACUUUUACAAAAUUAAGAUUUGCGACGCACAUCCUAGUUGGGCUUCUAUUCGGGGCAAUAUUCUACAAUUUCGGUGACGAUGCAAAAAAAGUACUUAGUAACAUCGCUUGCUUAUUUUUGAUUCCAAUGUUUUUAUUUUGUAUAAAUGCCCUACAGUCGGUGCAUAUGAUUCCCAAGGAAGCGGCAGUGUUCCUACAGGAACAUUUAAAUAAUUGGUACUCUUUCAGAGCCUACUACAGCGUAAGAGUGAUAUCGGAUAUCCCGAUGCAAAUACUUUGUACCUCAUCUUUCUUGUUAAUAUCAUAUUACAUGACGGGGCAGCCAAUGGAAUUCCAUAGAAUUAUACAGGCAUGGAUCAUUUGUCUGUUAACUAUGAUGAUUGGACAAACGUUCGGGAUAUUUAUAGGCACAGCUUUUGGCAUUAAGUUAGGUGUAUAUAUGAUAGCGGCAAUUAAUCUACCAUUAUUGAUGCUCGCUGGAUUUUUCGUGAAAAUAGCAGAAUUGCCGGUGUACAUACAACCUUUAAGUUUCAUAAGCUGCUACAGAUACAUAUUUGAUGGAUUAUUGCAGGCAGUCUACCUUGACCGACCUAAUCUGUCGUGCCCUGAAAUUUAUUGUUAUUUUGGUUCAACAAAAAAGAUUCUUUCGACAAUGGAUCUUCUAGAAUUGCCAUUUUAUGUACUUCUGAUAAUACUUAUCUUUUGGAUACUUUUUUAUCAUGUACUCGUCUAUGUAGUAUUCUAUUGGAAAAUUUAUUAUGCAAAAAAGUGACCUAUCAUAGGCCCAAGAUAUUCUUAUAUUUAUGUGCUUUCGAAAUACGCACAAGAUUUUUGUGCACUUUAUUCUUAUAUCGCGAGGGGUUGGUCACUAGCGGUUAGGUAUACAAAAAUUACCUUUAACAUGGAUUACUUUUAAAUUACCUUGGAUUACUUAAGAUUACCCAAUACUACCUCAGAUUACACAAUACUACUUCAGAUUACCCAAUACUAUCUCAGAUUACCCAAUACUACCUCAGAUUAUCAAAUACUACCUUAUAUUAGCCAAGAUUACCUUAGAGUAUUAAAAAUUACGUCAUAUUUUCUGAGAUUACCCAAAAUUUUACCAAAUUUAUUUUGCUCAUCUAAAAUUACCUUAUACGAGUAGCUAAAGUAUUAUUUCUUCAGAUCAAUUUUAGAUUUUCACUGCUUAAAAAAGAACACAAUUUUACAAAACAAAUAUUUAUUGCAUACAAGAACACAAAAAUAUAAAAAUUUUUACAAACAGAAUAUGUAUUAUAUGUAUACAUAGUAAGAAAUUUGACUACUUUUAACGUUUGAGAUCUUUUAAUAUACUAACAAAACAAUAUCCUAUUAAAUAUAAAUAUUAAACCUCUGUGAAGUUAGCACAUAAUAAAUAUUAAUAGGUAUUUUAUAAAAUAAAAAAAUAUUAAAAGAAAAACACUAACAGUAAGAUAAACUCGUUAUUAAACAAUAUCACAACUUAAUGUUAAAUAAAAAUUUACGAAUUUUACUAAUCAAGUUAAGUAUAAAUAAAAAGGUACAUUUGUGAAACAAA